UUCUCUCGUCUUGUUCCUCUGCCCCCGGACCACCCUCGCUAGCCUACGCCUCCCCCCGCUAACCUGCGCCCCCCUCCAAAAAAAAUCCCCAAAUCCCUAGGGUUUCAUUCGCCAGUCUAGGGUUAGGAUUUUCGUAUAAGAGAUGCGGGAUGUCCGCAACUGCCUGAUGAAACUAUUCUCCUCUGCUGGAGCCCUGUCGACCCGCCGCCGCCGCCGUCGCGGCGAUGUUUUAGCGGCGGCGCAGCAGGGACGCGAUGGACUGCUUUGGUAUCGGGAUCUCGGGCGGUGCGUCGACGGGGUUGAGUUCUCGAUGGCAGUGAUUCAGGCGAAUCAGGUUCUUGAGGAUCAGAGCCAGAUCGAGAGCGGGGAUUUCGGGACGUUCGUUGGGAUCUACGAUGGUCACGGUGGACCUCACGCUGCUAGAUACGUUUGUGAUCAUCUGUUUCGAAAUUUUCACGAGAUUGCAUCUGGACCACAGGGGGUAACAUCAGAUGGUAUACAAAGAGCUUUUCUGGCAACAGAGGAGGGGUUUAUUGCACUUGUUUCAGAGCUUUGGAACACCCGACCAGAUAUGGCAACUACUGGGACUUGCUGUCUUGUUGGCAUCAUUUCUCAGAGGACUCUCUAUGUUGCAAAUUCAGGUGAUUCCCGUGCCGUGCUUGGGAGAAAGGUUGGCUGUACUGGUGAGGUUGCUGCAAUACAGUUGUCAACAGAACAUAAUGCCAAUGUGGAGGCUGUGAGACAAGAACUCAAGGCGCAACACCCUGAUGAUCCUCAAAUUGUUGUUCUUAAACAUGGAGUUUGGAGAGUCAAAGGCAUCAUACAGGUUUCUAGGUCUAUAGGUGAUGCAUAUAUGAAACAUGCGCAGUAUAACACGGAACCAAUCAAUAUGAAGUUCAGACUUUCUGAACCCAUGAGCAUGCCUAUCUUGACUGCCAAUCCAACUAUCAUAUCUCAUCAUCUUCAACCAAGUGACUCUUUUCUCAUAUUUGCUUCAGAUGGCUUGUGGGAACACCUAAGUAAUGAGAAAGCCGUUGAGAUUGUUCACAAUCAUCCCCGUGCAGGAAGUGCCAGAAGGCUUAUCAAAGCUGCUCUCCAAGAAGCGGCGAGGAAGCGAGAGAUGAGGUAUUCGGACCUCAAGCGGAUCGAUAAAAAAGUUCGACGCCACUUCCACGAUGACAUAACCGUCAUCGUGCUAUUUCUGAAUCACAAUAUCACGCCCCGAGCUCACACGCAGGUGCCUCCGAUAUCGAUUCGAAGCGCUUUAGAACACUGAUUAACUAUAUGAAGGGAAGGAAUUUUAUUCGAUAAUUUUUGUAAUUUUAGCUAUAUCAUUGUUUUGAUGAUUGCAAAUAGAGAGCAUUGACCUGGAAGGAUUUAUUACUGCAGCAAAUUUAACUGUUUUUAACACUGAGAGAAUGAGAGGUGAACCAGGACUUCUGUUGGUUUUAGUUUUUUAGGCGUGUACCCUCUUGAAAGUUGAUAACGAUCUUAAUUUUACUUGAAAUUUAUUUC